UCCAUUCACCACAUACAUCCUCCUUUCUCCAUUUUUCAUUUGAUCGGUCCAAAGAUUCCCUGUGCAAGGGCAAAAUAGUAAUUUGUAGAAUCAAUGGCAGCCGAAAACUCUAGCUCGUCGGAGACCACCGGCGGUUGCGUCGGAGGAGGAGCGAGGAAGGAAAUCAUGCUGUUCGGCGUUAGGGUUGUGGUUGAUCCGAUGAGGAAGUGUGUGAGUUUGAACAAUCUGUCCGAGUAUGAGCAACCGGAGGAGAUGACGAAGAAGAUCGGCCGCGGCGGAGAUGUCGACAGAGGAGAAGAGAAGAACACGGUGGAAGUCGCCGUCGCCGCAGGUUACGUCUCCGCCGAUGACGCUGUUCCGAUCUCUUCUUCUUCCGGUGGAAAUCGUGAACGUAAAAGAGGAAUUCCAUGGACUGAGGAAGAGCACAAGCUGUUCUUGCUUGGGUUGCAUAAGGUAGGGAAAUCCAGAAACUUCGUGAAGACGAGGACGCCUACUCAGGUGGCAAGCCACGCUCAGAAAUACUUCCUUCGGCGGAGCAAUCUGAAUCGCCGUCGGCGAAGAUCUAGCCUCUUUGACAUGACCACAGAAACGGUAAUUUCUGAUCUUCUGUGCUUCUCUGAAUGAAUUAGAUGGCGCCCAGAUGAUUUACCCAUCAAUGGGUUUAUUUCCGGUUUCAUAGAUGGUUUGGCUUGAAUGUAGACGGAUUUAUUAGCUUUAGAGGAUGUUUUACUUUCCUCGCAUUCUUUGAGUUCUCCACCUUUGGAGACUUGUUUGGUUUCUGCCUUUUGCCACUUGAACUUUGUUACAAAGUUACUUUUUCAAUUUCCUAGCCAUUUCUUUCUUCUUUUUAUCAAUGUGUUCUCUAGAGUCCUUGGGAGAAAAAAAGGGUCUAGUUGUGUUUCUUUGUUGUUGAGAGGGAUAAGAAGCAUGGGGAUUGUGAAGGGUCUUUUGUAGAAAGUCCUUCUGAACCAUUUUUAUUUUGGUCAACCUGAGAUUAUUGUUAUCAAGCAGUGCAAGAAAGUGGAUAAAUUAUGACAAUCUGAAAUUGAGACAGAUUUCGACGGUUUGUGAAACAGUUGUACGUCCUUGUUAUCAUCAG